CCCUCAAAACGUCAUGAGCUAAAGCCGCAACCUUCUCCGAGAACCCUCAAUUCCGGUUUCCUGCCGUUGCCUAAUUAGGCUGACUAUAAACAAAGCGCCAGCACUUGGAUCAGCUUCAAGCGCUAGAGGGACUGCUAGCAAUGGCGCCCGCGCCGCGCCGUGACCUCCUCGCAAAGGAACAUUUCGCAUUUGUCUUUGGGGGUGUCAAAACCCAGAGUUACUAUGACCCAGCUUCAAAAGGCCCAGGGUCACAUACCCUCCGAACAUUAGCAUGGAAUCCUACCGGUCAGCUAAUCGCGACUGGCUCAGCGGAUCGUACGCUACGGAUAUGGAACCCCGAACGCCCUGCUAUUAAAUACUCGACAGAACUUCGCGGACACUCGGCUGCCGUGGAGAAAGUUCUUUUCAAUCCAGUACGGGAUGCGGAAUUGGCAAGCUGCUCCACAGACGGAACGGUGCGCUUCUGGGACGUGCGCUCAAAGACGUGCGUGAGCCGUCUCGAUGUCGGCGGCGAGGCCUUCACACUGUCCUGGUCGGCAGAUGGGAGUACAAUGGUCGUGGGUAGAAAGGACGACACUUUGAUCCCCAUAUCGGUUCAGUCCCCGUCUACCCCUACCAUCCUAUCACACGGCGGCGCUACCAAUGGUAUAUCCUCUAUCGGGGGCUCAAAACCUAGCUCUUCGACAUAUACAGCUCUCACACCACACCCACAACCUAUCCAAACCAAUGCCACAACCUUCUCAAACCAUGUCGCAACACCUACUUCCCCAGACCUCCACCUCUUCGCAACGACAGGCGAAGGUACCGUCAAGAUAAUGUCCUACCCCUCAUUCGAUAUCCUUCACACCCUCCACGCACACACCUCCGCCUGUAUGGCCAUUUCACUUGCUCCUACCGGCCGCUACCUAGCCGUUGGCGGUAGCGAUGCCCUAAUUUCUCUAUGGGAUACGACGGAUUGGAUUUGCCGCCGCACACUUUCCAGUGCGAAUGGCGGCUCAAUUCGCGGCGUGAGUUGGAGUUUUGAUGGCCGCUUUAUCUGCGGUGCUUGCGAUGAGCCCUUCUGUGGUGGAAAUGGAUUGGAGAUUUUCCAUGCAGAAACCGGAGAGAGCGUGUACACUAUACCCACAACUGGUGUCAAUGUUGGUGUUCCCGCUGUUGCGUGGCAUCCCUCUAGAUAUUGGUUGGCUUACUCGACGACUCAUGAUGGGCCAGGAAGUGGUUCUGGGGGUCUGAAGAUUGUUGGCGCUGCUGGUGGUGGUUUGUAAUUUUCAAUGUCAUUGAUGUCAGCCCUGUCCCAUUGUCUGUGGAUAGCCUCAUGGGGGUUGGACCGGGAAUUGAACACCCUGGAGUUGCUGCUACUAUACGAUUCCGAAAUUACCAUUUUUGGAAAAUCUCAAUGAGUUAACGGAUCUAUUUCGAGUGUUAUGUAGAGAUUAUACUAUCAACAUAGUCUUCCUGAAUGGAGAUGGUCCAAAAAAGCAAAUCAGAGAAGAGAGUAAUUGUUCGGGAAGAGGAGUAUCUGUUCAUUAUCAUUAAGUCGUUGCAAAAGACAUCCAAAGUGCUUAUUCAAGUGCGCCCACCAUUGUGAACCUGCGUGCUUGGAGUAAUACACGGUGCGAAAGAUUCAGAGUCGUCCACGGAAGCCAUUCUUUCGGUACACAGCGGCUCGGACUCGUGCUGUCUCUAGCGCGGCCCUGGCGUCAUGCUCAGUGCUUGGGUAGGCGAGAUACAGUCCUCUGCUGGGUCUCGAUGCCUUGAGUAUAGUACUGCACCUUCAGCUUAGAGAGUGAUAGUGAUAAAAGAUCGCACUUAAAGCGGUGCCCCCUUUCACAUCGAGUUGCUUCGGCGCAGGUUGAGUAGACACAUGAGGCUUCGUUCGCUAGAAACAAAAACCGAUCUCGUUGUCAGAAUGUUCCGAUUACGAGAUUCAUUCUCGUCGAUUCUCAAGAUGAUCGCCAGUUCUCCCAUCCGGGUCCAUUUUCAGUAUUCAAGAUUUGAGCCCACUGGACAUCACUGAAUGCCUCCGCGUUGAUAUUUUCGAAGUCAAGGUUGCUCAAGUCCUGACCUGUGGUAGGCAUGUCCCAGCGACUAGACAGAUUGAAUACGUUGGCAGCACCCGCAGUACCAACAGGGCCAGCGGAGCUAGCUGGAUAUGUCUGGCCAGCGGAGCUAGCUGGAUAUGUCUGGCCAGCGAAAGGGCCCAUAUCAAGAAUCUGAGAAGACUCUGUCGUUACGGGAGAUAUUUGAACAGAGUGGCCUUUGUCGACGGAUGUAGCGGAGCUUGAGGAUGGAUAAUUCGAGGUCGUAUUGGGCUGCUUUUUACCGGGUGAAGGAUUGUCAAUCCCGGACAUAGAAUAGGACGUGUUGGAGGAGGAGUUCAAAGUUGAUGGAGUGGGAUGAUCGGAAGGCGGAUUCCUCUCGCCAAGGCCAAAGUCAGGCGAAAAAUCCAUAUCUCCAUCAAUGAUUCCGUUCGUAGUUCGCACAUGAUGAGGGAAAAAUUGCUGCGAUUCACUGCCCAGUGGCCCUCGGUCAGAUUCGAUAACGGGUGAGUCCCUGUGCCGACUGGGGAGAGAGGUCGUCAUGCCGGGCGCAAAAGUGCGAUUAGAAGUUCUCGGCUUCGAACCAUCUUGUGGAGAUUCGGUUGGUACGCCAUUACCUUGUGACUGGCGAACAUUGUAUAAAGGCGUACAAUCGACGUUUUCAGAGCAAUAAGACUG